AUGUUCCUCCUACUACUGGGGCUGGGUCUUCAAUUUGCUUGCAAAGUCAAUGUCACUCUCCGUUAUAUUCGGUUCCUCUGGAUCAUCGUAACAUAUUAUGGAUUCUAUCGCCACCGAUCUGCCUCUCAAUCAACGCAGGCUAAACCAACGAAUGCUUUAUUUUCACCGUCCGAUGUCACAAUAAUCUGCCCAAUUGUCGACCCAGACGACGACUACGUUCUUGCCCUGAAGUCUUGGCUCCGCGCUGAUCCACACGAGAUCAUUGCAGUCACCACAUUUCCUUGGCUAGACCGUGUCAAGGAAUUCACUCAAAGGGCCAACGACCCUCGGGUCUCGGUCUAUGCGAUCGAGAAGAAGGGCAAGCGCCACGGCCUUCUGGAAGGGAUUCGACGCACCACGACGUCGGUCGUCGUCCUUUUGGAUGACGACGUCAUCUGGCUCCCGAAGACCCUCACCGGCCUUCUCCACGCGUUAUCCGGUCCCCAAGUCGGCGGUGUUGUGCCUAUCAAAGCAAAUCCAAGGAAGGUGCUACAGGCUCAGCAUCACCCAGACACGACUAUAUUCGAGGCAAUGGGUGCAGCCCGAUUGGACAGGCGUACUCUCACGAACGCCUCCAUGGCGUACUUUUGCGACGGGCAAGUCGUUGUCCUAUCCGGGCGGACGUCGGCAUACCGUACUGAGGUCUUUCAAAUCCCUGGCUUUGAGAAACAGCUCAUUGAGGAAUACUGGGAGAACAAAUACCUCAUGACUAGUGGAGACGAUCGAGCCGUGACUCGCUGGCUGUACAGUCACGGCUGGAAGACGGCCCUUCUGUCUUCGGAUGAUAGCGCCGUCGUGUCUCGGCCCAAAAGAAGCCGGGUUUAUCUUCUGCAGUUGUUGCGAUGGUCGCGCAGUGAGCUGAGGCAAGUACUGAGAGACUUAUCCCUUAUUAUGCCUUGGAGUGCAGCACGACAGAAGCGGCUGUGGCUAAACUCCAUGGCGUAUCCGGUUAUGAUGGACGAUCAUUUGGUGAUCCUGGACUUUGCUAUCACAAUUACCAUUGUGACCGCGAGAGUGGCCUUCCGUGAUAGCAUGGUGUCUGUAACUGAAAGAGUAAUUCCUGGAAAUCUUCGCCUGGUGUUGCAAUACUUCGAAACGAGUGCCUGGCAUGAGCUACUCUUUAACCUAUGGCAUUUGAUGAAUUAUCCCGAGCAUUUGACACAUAUCCUCGUGUUUGCCUUUUGGGGUCACAUACGCGCAAUGGUAACCGCCUACGCAUAUUGGACCACUAACCAGACAUCCUGGAUGACUCGACGAGGUGCAGACUGA